AUGUCGCUGCCCUCGCCGUCGACGGCUUCCAGGUCGUCGACGACGACGCUGACGGCGCUGAGCAUCGACAAGGGCGACGACGAUGGCCCCCCGUGGGAUGCUCCGGACAAGCCUGCUGCGGUCGCGGCCGCGGCAUGGCAGGCGCCCUUUGGCAUCAUGUCCUGGAUCUUCUUGUCAAACCUGACCAUUCUCCUCAACAAGUGGCUCAUUGACACUGCUGGCUUCCGUGAGUUCUCACCACCCUUGUCCCGUCAACGCCGGCAUAGAGUUCAUAGAGACGGUCAUGCUAACACUCCCACCCGCGCAGCGAUCCUCCUGGCGUGCUGGCACUUCAUCUUCACCUCCGUCACGAUACACAUCCUCGCCCGCACCACCACCCUGCUCGACUCGCGCCACUCUCUGCACAUCACCCCGCGCAUCUACGCCCGCACCAUUAUCCCCAUCGGCGUCUGCUUUUCCCUCUCCCUCAUCUGCUCCAAUGUCGUCUACCUUUAUCUCUCCGUCGCCUUCAUCCAAAUGCUCAACGCCGCCAACCCCGUCGCCGUCCUGGCCGUCUCCUGGAUCUGGGGCGUCGCCGACCCCAGCACGUCGACUCUCCUCAACAUGCUCCUCAUUGUCGCCGGGGCGGCCAUCGCCUCGUUCGGAGAGAUUCAGUUCUCGACGAUUGGCUUUGUGUUUCAGGCUGGUGGCAUCAUCUUUGGUGCCAUCCGCCUGGUCAUGAUCCAGGUGCUCGUCAGUCGGAAGGGGAUGCGGAUGGACCCGCUCGUCGGUCUGUAUUACUUUGGGCCGGCAUGUGCCAUUAUGACGCUGGCUGCGGCCUUGUUCAUUGAGGUUCCUCGGUUCCGCAUGAGCCACCUGAUAGAUGCGGGCGUCGGCAUGCUUGUCCUCAACGCGGCUGUGGCGUUCUUGCUCAACGUCACAACCGUCUACCUGGUCGGAAGAACGUCUGGCCUCGUCAUGGCACUGACGGGCAUCUUCAAGAACAUUCUGCUCAUCGCAGUAUCUGUUGCCAUAUGGAACACCAAGAUAACGCUCCUCCAGGCCGUGGGCUACAGCCUCGCCCUCGUUGGCCUAAUAUACCAUUGGAUCGGGGGAGAUCAGCUCGCAAAGGGUUACAGGGCGGUAACAAGGGGUAUUUUGAGUGCCUCAUCAGGCUUGCCUCUGUUCGAGGCGAGUGUACGACGACGUGUCGUCGUUGUUUCUGGGUGCGUGUUUUGCCUGGGCACACUGGCGAUUGCAUAUAGACAUUUGGGGGGUGGACAGAGCCUUAUAGUAGCUCCACCACCCGUGUGA